UAUUCCCGAAAGCCGCAAGCCCUAAUCUACGUCUCCUGCGAAGUUCUCCCAUCCGCCGCCGCCAACAGGUAAAGCUCUUCGAACAGCAGCCAUCUCCAUCUUCGAUAGUUCGACGACAGCAGCCAUCUUCGAUAGUUCGGCGUCGACGACAGCAGCCAUCUCCAUCGCCACCACCAACGGUUAAAGUUCUUCGAGCUAAAUGGGGAAGGCGAAGAAGGGAAAGAACCGCCUGGACAAGUUCUACCAUCUUGCCAAGGAGCAAGGCUAUCGCUCUCGCGCGGCCUUCAAGCUCCUCCAACUCGAUGCCAAGUUCCGUUUCCUGCCCACAGCACGUUCUGUUCUCGAUCUCUGCGCCGCUCCGGGUGGCUGGUUACAAGUUGCCGUCCGUCACGCCCCGGUUGGCUCGUUCAUUCUCGGCGUUGAUCUCGUCCCCAUACGCCCUAUACGAGGCGCGCACACCAUUGCGGAGGAUAUUACCACCCCGCGAUGCCGUGCCGCCAUCAAGCGACUCAUGGAUUCAAACGGCGUCGCCGUUUUUGAUGUUGUUCUUCAUGAUGGAUCGCCGAAUGUUGGUGCUGCCUGGGGAAAAGACGCCACGAUGCAGUCCACGCUUGUGGUUGAUUCCAUUCGUCUUGCUACCACUUUCUUGGGCCCCAAAGGCAUAUUCCUUACAAAGGUUUUCAGGUCACAGGAUUAUAGCGCCAUCAUAUUUUGCCUUAAGCAGCUAUUUGAGAAAGUAGAGGUAACUAAACCAGUUGCCAGUCGUAGCACCUCUGCAGAAAUUUAUGUUAUUGGUCAAAGAUAUAAGGCCCCAGCCAAAAUAGACCCACGUCUCCUUGAUGUCAAGCAUCUUUUUCAUGUAUCUGCAGAGCAACCUAAGGUGAUCGAUGUUCUAAGAGGGACAAAACAAAAGAGAAACCGUGAAGGCUAUGAAGAUGGAAUUACAACUUUAUGGAAGGUCGGAAAAGUAUCUGAUUUUAUUUGGUCAGAUUCGCCACUUGAGUUUCUUGGUUCAGUUAAUGCAUUAUCUUUUGAGGAUUCGUCAUCUUUAUCUAUCAAGGAGCAUGAUCUGACUACGGACGAGAUUAAAUCACUAUGCGAGGAUUUGUAUGUUUUAGACAAGAAUAGCUUCAAGCAUCUUUUGAAGUGGCGAAUGCACAUAAGAAAGACACUGUCAUCAUCUGAUAAAGAUGCUUCAAAAGUUGCAAAAGUGGAAAAAGAUACAAAGGGUGAUGAGGAUGAACGCUUACUUAUAGAAAUGGAGGAGCUGACAAAUGCAAUGGAGCGCAAGAAAAAGAAAGCGAAGAAGCUCCUUGAAAAACGCCGUGCUAAGGAUAAAGCGCGCAAAGCAUUGGGUAUACAAAUUGAUGCUACGGAGGACAGUUAUUUUGAUAAACAUUUGUUCUCCCUCACUGCAAUAAAGGGGAAAAAAGAAUUACAAACUAUUGAGUCAGCGAGUGAUGAAGAUGGUGAACUUGGAGGUAGUGAAAAUGAAGCAGAACAUCAGGCUGCUGCUGAUUCUAGUGAUUCGGAUUCCGAUGAGGAACGAAGGCGAUAUGAUGAGCAAGUUGAGGAAAUGCUUGAUGAAGUUUAUGAAAGAUAUCUGAUUAGAAGGGGAGGCAGCACAAAACAAAGGAAACGUGCCAAAAGAGACAUUUCUGUUGGAGAUGCGGAGUUAAUGGAGACCGCUGAAGGAGAAGAUGCAGCUAUGGAUCCCGAUUCUGAUCAGGAUCAGGAUUGCAAAGAAACAAAUCCUCUUGUUAUCCCAUUCAAUGAAGAUGGCCAACCAACUCAAGAGCAAAUAAUGGAGCAGUGGUUCGGUCAAGAUGUGUUCGCCGCAGCAGCUGAAGAUGGCGUAGUAGAGGCGAGCGAUACCGAAGAUGAAAUUGUUGUGCUGCCAAAAAUUUUGAAAAAACCAAUAUCAAAAAAGCCAGUAGACACAACACUCCGCCCCAACGAUCUCAGUCCUCCACAAUACCAAAAGGCCAACGAAGAGGAGGAUUUUGAGAUAGUUCCACAAGACCCCUUGGAUACCUCCGAUGACUCUUCGUCGGAUGAUGAAUCAGAGGAAGAAGACGACGACACAAAGGCGGAGAUUCUCGCUUACGCGAAGAAGAUGUUGCAAAAGAAGCAAAGGGAGCAAAUCCUCGAUGAUGCUUACAACAAGUAUAUGUUUGAUGAUGUUGGCCUGCCGAACUGGUUUGCGGAAGAGGAGAAAAGACACUCCCAACCAAUGAAGCCCGUGACAAAAGAAGAAAUUGCAGCAAUGAGGGCGCAGUUUAGGGAAAUUGAUGCUCGCCCAGCUAAGAAGGUUGCCGAGGCAAAAGCGCGGAAGAAAAGGGCAGCGAUGAAGAAGUUGGAGAAAGCUCGGAAGAAAGCAGAUGUCAUCUCGGAUCAGACCGACAUUUCCGAAAGGUCUAAACGGAAGAUGAUCGAUCACCUCUACAAGAAGGCAGCACCGACAAGGCCUAAGAAGGAGUAUGUGGUGGCGAAGAAAGGGGUUCCGGUGAAGGGUGGUAAAGGGAAGGUGGUGGUCGACAGGAGAAUGAAAAAGGAUAAGAGAACUAAAGGGAUGGGGAGGCCGGGGAGGGGCGGCCGUCCGGUUAAGGAGAAGGGCCACAAAGCUCAGGGCAAGAGUUUAAAAGGAAAACCCUUGGGGAAGAAAGGAGGAAAGAAAGGAAACAAGGCUGGAAUGAAGGAUUGAAGUGUUGAUGUUUUUUUAUGUAAAUUAGUGUUUAUUUACAAUUUCAUGUUUAUUUUUGUGAGGCUAACAAUUUUGUUAAUUCCGGAAUAGGAGCAUGUAAGUAUUAAUUUCAGUGGAUGUGGCUUGGGAAGGGUAUUAA